AUGGGUAAUAAAGAUCAUUUUAUGCCAUCAGCUAUUCCAGUUCUUGAAAAGAAUGUUAUGAUUAUUUGUGGUAUUCUUGAUUUCUUCUUAUUCGGUAUUGGUACUAUUAUCCUUGGUGCUUUAGAUGACUGUAACAUUUGGUGUGUUUUAAUCGGUGUUUUACAACUCUGUUUACCAUUUGUUGGUUGGUUCUGGAGUAUCAUUUGGGGUGUUCUUAUUUUAAUUAAAGGUUUAGCUUAAAAAAUUUCUAAUUUUUUAAAACUAUAUAAACCAAAAAAAAAAAUAUAAAAUAAAAAAAAAUUAAAAAAUCUUGUAUUUAUUUAUCUA